GAGAGAGUCUGCUUUGCAAUGUUUUUGCUACUCUCGCGAUAGGACAAGAAGGGGGAAGAAACUUUGACUUCCUGUAACGAACUGAAGCGAAGGAAAGUUCACAUUUAUUCCUGGCAUAAACCAGUACAGACAGGUUACUGUCCUGAGGCUAUCCCUGGUGAUCCUGAGGGAUCACUGUAUGUGCUCAUCAUGUUAAUCGUUGGCCGACCCUUUCUAUGACAUGAUGGACGACAGUGAGUUGGUGGCGAUGGCCACGCCGACAGGCAGCUCUUCCGCCGGGGAUGCAGUGUCUGGUAGAGGACAGAGUGCGUCUAAUGAAGAUGACGAGCUCUUCUACAUCCCUGAGAGAAGACCUUCUCUGGACCUGGGGCCGAGUCCAAUGGAUACCAGCCACUGGCAUUAUGUGGACCAGGCCUAUUCUCCAGCUCUGAGCUACGGAUCAAUGACAAGUGAGGACAACUCAAGCAACAUGGAAGACGAAGAUGGAUCCUCCACGAGGGUCCAGCUGGACAGAGCAGAUUCAUACUCUAGCUGCUACUCCUUGGACAGCGACGAUUGUGAAAAGAUGAUCCCCAAGCUUAAAAGCAAAGAUGAUACCGUCUCAGAGCCUUCUGACACGCCUGAGUUAAUCCAAGACCCAAAUGAGAUUAGGCAUCCUUCUCUGACAGUGGCAUUCACUUUCAAGGCUAUUUCUGACACCCUUGGGAAGCUGUCCAAUGGAGACAUUCAGAGAUUCAAGAUGAUGUUGUGGAAGCGUUACCCACAGUCCUUCAACACUCCUCCCCAAGGCAUGGACAUGGUGGACCUUGUGGACCGGUUGCUCGAGUGUUACAGCCUAGAGGUAUCUUUGCAGAUCACCAAAACCCUUCUUGAGGAAAUCGAGCAAAAGAAGAUGAUUGAUUAUCUCCAGACUUUGUGCAUCAGAAAUGAAGUACGUCACGAUUUAAGCGAGACUCUGAAAAGGACAUACGGCGAAGUAUGUGAGGAAUCGGCCACGCCGGGAGAGAAAAGGCCCUUUGACGACGUCUUCACUGAUCUCUAUAUCACCUCAACAUGUGAUAAUGGCCCAAAUAUUGAACAUGAGGUCAUGACCAUAGCAAAGCUGGACAGCAACCGCGAAGAAGUGAAACUGCUCUCCACUAAGGAUAUUUUGAGCACUGAAAGGCUGGAGCGCUCAAACUUAAAGUUGAUGCUGGUCGUAGGUGUGGCAGGGUCAGGGAAGUCGAUGGCGGUCAGAAGGUUGAUCCUCGACUGGAUUGAAAAGCGGUCCCACCAGCACGUGUCCUUCUUGUUUCCUUUGCCGUUCAGAGAGCUCAAACAGUUUGAGGAUUCUGAGAUCUCCCUGUUGAAAAUAAUACAAACACUCUACCCAGAAACAAAGAAACUGAGGGAGGCGGAUUAUAGAGCCGAUGACUGCAAAAUAAUGUUUAUCUUUGACGGCCUUGAUGAGUACAAUGGGAAGCUUGACUUUCAAAACACUUCGCUUCUCGGUGACCAAACAGACUCCACCACCCUGAACGUCAUCGUGGUCAACCUCCUCAGAGCGAGGCUGCUCUACCGUGCCCUGUUCCUGGUCUUUACUCGGCCGCAAGUGAAGCGCUACGUCCCUUGGGAUACGCAUUAUGAUGAGAUAGACGUGUGCGGUUUCCGUGACCCUGAAAAGGACGAGUACUUUAAGAAGAGAUUUAAAGACCCAGAUCAAGCAGCUCGAGUUAUUGCGUACAUCAACUCCUCCAAAACCCUCCGCAUCAUGUGCCACCUGCCCUUGUUUUGCUCGCUGGUGGCCGACGAGUACCAGCAGGUAUUCACAGAACAAGGAACACGGGCAGAGCUGCCCAGGAGCAUCACCUACAUGUACACAAAGCUGCUGCUCGCACUCAUACGUCAGCGUCGCGCAAUUAGAGCUCCACCUCGUAGCCUAGAUAAAGAGAGAGACUUCCUCAUGAAACUUGGAAAGUUGGCCUUCACCAUGCUGGAACAAGGCCAGUUCAAGAUCACCAAGUACGACUGGAAAGAGGUUGGCAUCAGCAGCGAGGAGGCAGUGAUUAACAGUGGCCUGUGUACACAAUACAUCACAAAGCCAUUUGUCUUGUCCCAGGAGAAAGUCCUCAGCUUUAUCCACCCCACCAUGCAGGAGUACCUGGCUGCCCUUUAUGUGUUUCUCUCCUUUACAAACCAUGGGAAGAACAUUUUUGAGCAGCAUCUUAAAGACAAGUUCAAGGGGAUGUUUAGGGCACAAAAGGUGAUGGAGCUGUACAAGAGCGCCAUGGACAGAAGCCUGCUGUGUGAUGACGGCAAGCUGGACAUCUUCCUGCGUUUCCUGCUGGGAAUGGCUCUUAAGACCAACCUGGAACUCCUCCAACCAUUGUGCACAUCUUCUGUAAAGUGGCCAACAGUCGUUGAAGAUGCUGCUGCCCUCAUCAGGAAGAGGAUCAGAGAAAACCAGUAUCCUGGCAGGAAUAGCAACUUGCAGUGCUGCCUGGAAGAGCUGGGUGUGUGAGAGGCAACAUCCAGUUGAUCAGACUCUUUUAAACACUGAUCACUAUGCAAAAAUGAUUUUGAUGAUUCUGAAUUCCAAUAGGAGGAAAACUUUAAAGACAAGUGCCUGCCCUGAUGGAGAAACAUGUUUCUCUCUGAUUCAAUCAACAUUUGCACUAAUGAAGAUUUAAAAACAUCACCUCUGAAGUUACAUUGAUGUACCAAAGAUAUGGAAACAGAAUCUUUUAAGGAAAUGGGGAUGGUGUGAUUUAAUGUGUGUGUUAAUAUGGAUUUAAAGAAGCUGAAAGAUAAUAAGGGGCCUUAUUUUGUUAGUUGUUUUUUUUUUCCUGCUUUUAUACAAUCAAAUAGUUUUGAUGGAUGUUAUUAAUUAUUGCUUGUCUUGCCAACUUGCGCUUGAAAGUCCUAAAAUUUUAGUUUUUUAACUGCACUACUAAGCCAAUAUCAUGAGCAAAAUGACUAUUGCUCUGAGCAAUAUAAAGUAUGUCACAACUUAAAAUUAUUUUGCACUUUUAUGUUUUGUUGAUCAAUCUUUAUUGUUUGUUGGCUGCUUGCAUUAAUGUUUGGUAUGUAAUGCAGUAAUCACAUUGAAGGGCUGUAGUUAUGUCAUUGUUUAUCCUACACUAAUCCCUCUCAUCACUGCCACACAGGGAUAUUCAUUGGGAAACCUGUUUAAAAUAAGUGGUACAAUGAACAAUAAAUCUCUAACAACCAAAGGGUUCCUUCACAGGACACUUGAGUUUGUGAAUGAA